AUGGGUCGAGUUCAGGAAGUGGGCUGGGCAACUGCAGGACUGGUGGUUUGGGCUGGUACCUGCUACUACCUUUACAGAUUAACCAAGGGAAGAGCGCAGAGUGUGAGGACACUUGCCAAAAAUGGGUCCAGAGUCAAGAUGGGGACUGUGGUUGGGGUACAGAACCAGACCUUGGCCACGGGUGAAGCCAUGGCUGGGACAGAGACUGAGACUAGACCCAAGGCCACAUCUGGAGCAGAAGCUGAAGCAGGAGGUAGGGCUGGGGCUGAAGUAGAGAUUACCACCACUGCUAAAGCCAGACCCAAAGCCAGCUCUCAGGCCAUGACAAUGGCUGAGGCGGAGGCAACGAUACAAUCUGAGGCCAAAACAGUGGCCAGAACAGUGGGCACGACAGAGGCAGUGACUCUGACUGAGGCCCAGGUCAAAGCCGGGGAAGUGGCUAUGAAAGAGGCUGUGACCCAAACUGACUCUGAGGCUGGGGGAGUAGUCAAGAAAGAAGCUGUGACCCAGACCAAGGUUAAAAUUUGGGCACUGGCUGCCAGGGCAGAGACCAAGAAAGAAGUAAUGACCCAGACCAAAGCGGAAGCUCGUAUACUGGCUGAAAAAGAGAUGAAAAGAAUAAUGGUGACACAGAGUGAGGCCUUAGGAGUGAUCAGGGAAGUGGCCAAGAUCAGUGCCACAAGUAAGACUGGAACCGUGGCUGAGACCAAGGCAAGAGCCCUGGAAGAGAUUGUGAGUGUGGCCAAGACUCAGUCUGAGGCCAGGCCUGGUAACACAGUUGAUGCUAAGGGAAAUCCUAAUACUGUGUCCAGGGCAGAAGUUGGAGUGGACAUGAGGUCUUGUGUACCAUCUCAGGCUGUGACCAAGAUCCAGGUCGACACCAUGCCUGGUGCUGGGGUUGAGGUCAAGGGGAAUCACAAAACCAUGUCUCGGGCAGAGUCUAGGGCAGACAUGAGGGCUCCUGCCCAGCCUCAGAUUAUAGCCAAGACCCAGGCUGAGGCUAUGCUUGGGGCAAAGGUUGAUGCUGGGGGUAAUACAAAUGCCAUGUGUAAGGCAGGGACAGGGGCAGAUAUGAGAGUUUCUACACAACCUCAGACUGUGGCCAAGAAACAGGCCGAGACAAUGUUUGGUGCUGGGGUUGAUGACAGGGGAAAUGCUGAUGUCACAUCUAAGGCAGUGGCUGGAGCUGACGUGAAGGUUGCUGCUCAACUUCAAGCUGCAGCCAGUGCUCAGGCUGAGGCUAUGCCUGAUGUCAGGGUUAAAGGAAGAGGCAAUUCCAAUGCUAUGUCUAAAACAGGGGCCAGGGCAAACUUGAGGGCCAAUUCCCAGGCUGAGGCCUUGCCUGAUGCCAGGGUUAAGACCAGAGACAAUCCCAAUGCCAUGUCUAAGAUGGGGGCUGGGACAGAUACGGAGCUCUAUAUGCAGCCUCAGCCUGUGGCCAACGUCCAAGCUGAUGCCUUGCCUGAUGGCAGGAUUAAGGCUAAAGGCAAUGCCAACACCGUAUCUAAGGAAGGGGCUGGGACAGACACAAAGGCACAGUCUCAGGCUUCCACCAAGAGUCAGGUUGAGACCUUACCUGGUACUAGAGGUAAGACUAGGGGAAAAGGCAAAAGUAAGCAUAAAGCAGGGGUCGGGAUAGAAAUGAAAACCUGCGCACAGCCUCAGGUUGGGGCCAAGACCCAAGUUGAUGCUUUACCUGAUUCCAGGGUUGAUGGCAGGGGUGAUCCUAAUGCCAUUUCUAGGUCAGGGGCUAAGGCGGAACUGAGGGCCUGUGGUCAGCCCCAGACUGAGGCCAGUUCCCAGGGUGAGGCUUUGCCUGGUACUAAGAAUAAGGUCAGAGGCAAUCCCAGUGCUGUGUCUAAGGCAGGGACUGGGCCAGAUACACUGGGCUCUGCCCAGCUCCAGGCUGUGGCCAAUUCCCAGGGUGAAGCCUUGUCUGGUAAUAAGAGCCAGGUCAGGGGCAAUCCCAAUGCUGUGUCUAAGGCAGGGACUGGGCCAGAUACUAUGUGUUCUGCCCAGGGUGAAACAGAUACAACAGGCUCUGCCCAGCCCCAGGCUGUGGCCAGUUCCCAGGGUGAAGCCUUGCCUGGUACUAAGAACAGGGUCAGGGGCAAUUCCAAUGCUGUCUCUAAGACAGGGACUGGGCCAAACACAACAGGCUCUGCCCAGCCCCUGGCUGUGGCCAAUUCCCAAGGUGAAGCCUUGCCUAGUAUGAAGAAUAAGGUUAGGGGUAAGUCCAAUGCUGUGUCUAAGACAGGGGCUGGGCCAGAUACAGUGAACUCUGCCCAGCCUCAGGUCGUGGCCAGUUCCCAAGGUGAAGUUUUGCCUGGGACUAAGAAGAAGAUCAGGGGCAAUCCCAGUGCUGUGUCUAAGGCAGAGGCCAGAGCAGAUACAAUGGGCUCUGCCCAGCCUCAAACAGACACAACAGGCUCAGCCCAGCCCCUGGCUGGGGCCAGUUCCCAAGGUGAAACCUUGCCUAGUAUCAAGAAUAAGGUUAGGGGCAAGUCCAGUGCUAUGUCUAAGACAGGGGCUGGGCUAGAUACAGUGGGCUCUGCCCAGCCCCAGGCUGUGGCCAAUUCCCAGGGGGAAGUCUUGCCUGGGACUAAGAACAAGGUCAGGGGAAAUUCCAGUGCUGUGUCUAAGACAGGAACUGGGCCAGAUACAGUGGGCUCUGCCCAGCUCCAGGCUGUGGCUAAUUCCCAGGGUGAGACCUUGCCUGGUGUCAAGAAAAAGGUCAAGGGCAACCCCAGUGCUUUGUCUAAAGCAGGGACUGGGACUGGGCCAGAUACAGUGGGCUCUGCCCAGCUCCAGGCUGUGGCCAAUUCCCAGUGUGAAGCCUUGCCUGGUGUGAAAAAUAAGGUCAGAGGCAAUUCCAAUGCUGUAUCUGAGGCAGAGGCCAGGGCAGAUAUAACAGGCUCUGCCUGGCCUCAGGCUGUGGCCACUUCCCAGGGUGAAGUUUUGCCUGGUACUAAGAACGUCAGGGGCAAUCCCAAUGCUGUGUCAAAGGCAGAGGUUGGGGCAGAUACAAUGGGCUCUGCCCAGCCUCAAACAGAUACAACAGGCUCUGCCCAACCGCUGGCUGUGGCCAGUUCCCAGGGUGAAGUCUUAGCUGGUACUAAGAAUAAGGUCCGGGGCAAUCUCAGUGCUGUGUCUAAAGCAGGGUUUGGGCCAGAUUCGGUGGGUUCUGCCCAGCCCCAGGCUGUGGUCAAUUCCCAGGGUGAAAUCUUGCCUGGGACAAAGGACAAGGCUGUACCCAAGCCUGAGGCAGAUGAGGGCUAUGCAAAGCCCAAGGCUGAGGCCACACCCACUGUUGAGAGUGGGGGUGGGACAGGCACUCAGGCCUGCAGAAAGACUCGACCUAGGGUCCAUGACUACUACUGGAAUGGGAUUGGUAUUGAGGAUUGGAUUGCUUCUGAGCGAUGGAUCAAAUUUAGGUUUCAGGCCAGGGAUGGAUACUGGGAGAAUAGCAUGUCCUGGGCUGAUGAUGAGAAUGAAGCCAGUAUUGAGUCCUGGAGUGGGGCUAGUGAUAAGUCUGAUAUUAGGUCCUGGGCUGGGGCUAAGGCUGAGAAUGAAGUUGGUUUUCCAUCUUGGGCUACAGCUGGGGACCAGGCCUGUGGGGGGCUCUGGGUUGGGAGUCAGGCCAGUGGGGGUUCUUUGUCAGAGGCCGGGGACGUGGCCAUUGGAGCAUCUUGGAUUGGGGCUGAGAACCAGGCCAGUGGGGUGUCUUGGGCUAGCACUGGGAACCAGGCUACUGGGGAGCCCUGGGCUGGAGGUCAGGCCAGUGGGGUGUCCUGGGCUGGGGAAGAUGCCAUUGGAGGGUCCUGGAUGGGAGCUGAGGAACAGGACAGUGGAAGGUCCCAGGAUGGGGCUGGGAUUCAGGCUGAUGGAGGGUCCUGGGCUGAAGCUAGAGCUGGGAAUGUGGCUAGUAUUGGGCACUGGCCUGGGGAUAUGGACCAGGCUAGUGGAGGGUACUGGGUUGGGACUGGUGACCUGUCUGGUGGAUCCAAGCCUAGAUUUGAGGAUCAGGCCAGUGAAGAUAUGUCCUGGGCUGACACUGCCGACCAAGCCAGUGGAGGGUCCAGGCUGAGGCCAAGGUUUGUGGACCAGUCCAGUGUUGGGUCCUGGGCUAGUACUGGGAAUCAGGCCGGUGGAGGAUUCUUGGUUGGGAGUAUGGACCGGGCCAGUGGGGGGUCCUGGUCUGGGACUGGUGAUCAGUCUGGUGAGUCCAAGCCUGGAUUUGAGGAUUUGGCAAAUGUAGAAGUGUCUUUGGCUAGGGUUGGUGGCCAGGCUGGUGGAGGGCCUAGGUUGGGGCCUGAGGACCAGUCCAGUGGAGGGACCUGGGCUGUACCUGGGGAUCAGGCUGGUGGUGGGACAAAGCCUAGAUCUGAAGAGCAGGCAAGUGGAAGAAGGUCUUGGGCAGACAAUGGGGGCCAGGCUGGUGGAGGGUCUAGGCUGGGUCCCAAGGACCAGUCCAUUGGAGAUUCCUGGGCUGGCACUGGGGACCAGGCCAGUGAAGAAUGUAGGCCAGGGCCUGAGGAUCAGUCCAAUGGAUGGUUCUGUGCUUGCAGUGGGAGUCAGGCUAAUGCACGUGGGUCCUGGGGUGGGGCUGGUGGCCAGGUUAUUGGAGGAUCUAGACUAGGGCCCACGAUCCCAUCCAGUGGUGGGUCCUGGGCUGAUACUGGAAGUCAGGUCAGUGGAAGGUCUUGGGCUGGGACUGGAGAUCAGGCUAGUAGCUGUCCCAAACCUGGAUUUGAGGAUCAAGCCAAUGGAGGAGGGUUCUGUUCUAGUGCUGAGGACCAGGCUGUUGGAGGGUCUAAUCCAGGGCCUGCAAACCAGUCCAGUGGUGGGUCCUGGACUGGCACUGGGAGCCAGGCCAGUGGAAGGUCCUGGGCUGGGGCUGGGGAUCAGGCUGAUAGUGGUUCCAAACCUGGAUUUGAGGACCCAGCAGGUAGAGAAGGCUCCCAGCCUGGCACUGGGGAUCAGGCUAGUGGAAAAUCUUGGGCUGGGUCUAGGCCUGGUAAUGAAGCCAGUAGAGGGUCCAGGCUGGGGCCCAAGGACCAGGCAAGUGGAGGGCCCUGGGCUACGGCUGGUGACCAGGCCAGUGGAAGACCCCAGAUCAGUGCUGAGAUGGAGGCCAGUGAAAGAUCCUGGUUUGGGACUGGGGUUGAGACUAGUACAGGGUCCUGCUUCAGGAGAGGGGAAGAGGCUGGUAUUGUAUCCAAACCCGGAGGUAAAAAUGAGGCCAGUAUUGAAUCCAGAUCAGGGGCUAAAGAAGAGGCCGCCAUUAGUUCCAGAUCUGGGGCUGAAGAUAAGGCCAAUAUUGGGUCCUGGAUCAGAUCUGAAGAGGCAGACUGUAUGGAUUCUUGUAUGGGGGCUGAGGCUGGGGCUGGGGCAGAGGUCAGGAAGGAGUCUUGGCUCUGGGAUGGAGAUGCAGCCACUACAGGAUCUAGGCUUGGGGCUGAGGAAGAGGCUUGCAUGGGGUCAUGGACUUGGGCUGAGGAUGUAGAUGAGGAUGAGCUAAGUAGAGCAUCUAGCCCUGAUAUUGAGGAGAUCAGUUUAAGGUCCUUGUUUUGGGCUGACAGUGAGAAGAGUAAUGAGUUCAGAUCCGAGAGGGAGAGAAAUGUCAAUUUUGAGUGUGGAGCUGGAGAUAAGGCCAGCGCCAAGGAUAACUUUGAGGCACCAACUGCCGGUGGAGUUGAUGAAAGGUCUUGGUUCUGGGAUGGUAAUGAAAACACAAGUGAGGACAAAUCUGCACCUAAGACUAAAGCCAAAAAGUCAGCUGAGUCAAGAGGCACAUAUCCAUCCAUGGUCCCUGGGGCAGGAAUGGGGUCAUGGGCAGGAGCCAUGAUCUGGACGGAAAUGAAAUUUCCAUACCAAAAUAAGUCCUCCUUCCCACCUGAAGAUGAGCUAAGAAAGCAGAUCAGGGAUGAGGAGAAAACUCAACCCUGGACCUGUCGCUGUAAACGCGAAGCUAAUAUGGAUCCACGAGAGCUUGAAAAACUCAUUUGCAUGAUUGAGAUGACUGAAGAUCCUUCUAUUCAUGAAAUAGCCAAUAAUGCUCUUUAUAACAGUCCCGAUUAUCCGUUUUCCCAUGAAGUCAUUCGAAAUGCAGGUAGAAUCUCAAUUAUUGAAAGUUUGCUCAAUAAUCCCUAUCCCAGUGUUAGGCAGAAGGCUUUAAAUGCACUGAAUAACAUCUCAGUGGCUGCUGAAAAUCAUAGGAAGGUGAAAACAUACUUAAACCAAGUAUGUGAAGACACAGUCACCUAUCCCUUGAAUUCAAAUGUCCAGCUGGCUGGACUAAGACUGAUAAAGCACUUGACUAUUAUUAGUGAAUAUCAGCAUAUGGUUACAAAUUAUAUUUCAGAAUUUCUUCGUUUGUUAACUGUGGGAAGUGGAGAAACGAAAGACCAUAUUUUGGGAAUGCUUUUGAAUUUCUCUAAAAAUCCGUCUAUGACAAAAGACUUACUCAUUGCCAAUGCACCAACGUCACUGAUUAAUAUCUUUAGCAAGAAAGAGACAAAAGAGAAUAUUCUUAAUGCUCUUUCACUAUUUGAAAAUAUAAAUUAUCAUUUUAAAAGAAGGGCAAAAGUGUUUACGCAGGACAAGUUCAGUAAAAAUUCUCUUUAUUUCAUAUUCCAACGACCUAAAGCAUGUGCCAAGAAACUCCGAGUCUUAGCAGCAGAGUACAGUGACCCUGAGGUGAAAGAAAGAGUUGAGCUAUUAUUAAGUAAACUCUGAUUAGUUGUAUGUUCCCAAACAAAUCUGAGUAAUAUUUUGGUUUUGCAGUCUGGAAGGAAUGCAUAUUGUAAAUUGCAUUACAACUUUGAAACUGAUGUUACUUGUGAUGGUCUGUAGCUGGAUCGCUUUAUGAACACCAAAUGUACUGGAAAUACAUGUGCUGAUUAUUACCUUGCCUGGACUGAGAUAUUUUUAGUAUGCUUCAUGAGCAGAAACGACCUGAUUCUUCAUAAGUAAGGUAACUUUUGGUCCUUUGUGUGG